UGCUACUGUUUCAAUAUCGUUUCGUAUUUAGAUAUUCAACCAACCGUUCGUAAAAGAAUCGAUCUCGGGCAGUGAAUCACCAACUUCUGGCUUCGUUGUGAGGGCACGUAGAAAAGUUCGUGCCAAAUUAAAAAAGCGGCCGUUUGCCGAGGUGAGAGAUUCGGAUUCAUCAAGUUCGAUUGCCGACACGGAAUCCUGGCCGAGUGAAGAUGUCGACGAAGAAGAAGUAAUACACAUAGAAAUAGACGGCGAUUCGGAAGAAUUACUUCCGAAGGAUAGAAGGAAACUAGGUCGUAUAAAUAGAAUCGUCGAUGCAGUUGCGAGAAUUCCUUGGCUCGGUAAAGGAGAGGUAUGAAACAUUCUAAGCCCUCCGAAUAUGUUCAUAUUUCUGGAUCAUUAUUCCUUGGGGAAGGAUUUAACGUUUUAUCGAAAGGACAGAAAGUUUGCUUAAACUUCGUUUUAAGGCACCUCAAAUUUUUGAUCCAUCGUUUUCUAAAAAGUACUAUCGAACGAUAUAGAGCGAAAUUAAAAAUUUAUGCAGCUCACUCUUUUUUAAAAACACUGGAAGAUACAGAAAUGAAUAUAGAAUUUAGAGUAUCCAUUUUGUUGCAAAAAGAACCAUUUAAAAUGGAAUUUAGUGGAAAAUUUGAUCAAAGAAAGAAAUUUAUCGCUUCGACAGAAUGACGAGAAGACACGCAAAGGAUUGCAGAGGAAACGUCCAUCCCUUAUGAAUAAGAUUGUCAGUAUGCUUCACAGAAAGCAAUCAAUGCCAAUCCGAUCGUAUAAAAAAGUUAGAAGGACGAAGGAUUCCUCGCCCUCUUCUUCCUCCUCGUCUGACGAGGAAAACGAGAGUCUGCUAAAAGUGCAAGACAGAGACACUGAUAGUCCGUCACACUUGGCUAGAAGGAGAAGUAGAAAGACAACAACGGAAGAUACUUCUGAUGAAACUCUAACUAGGAGGCUGUCGUAUGAAAAGAACUUCCAGACGAAGCCAUUACCAAGGCAUCUAGAGUCUGCUGUGAAAGACACGUCUUAUUUCGAGGUAGAUGAGACUAAAGACUCACGAAUACGAAAAUGUGUUCGCCAAGUAGAGGAUAUCAAUAAACCGUCAGACAUAAAAGUGCCUACAGGACUUAAAUAUAGAGACACGUGGAGCACCACAGAAAACGACGAAUUAGAUCUUUGCUCUUGCACAUCAGAGAUCACGUUUGAGACAACUGCAGAUAAAGAUAUUUAUUCAUUGGGUAUGAGCACUAUAUCGGAACAGACAAAUAGAGUUAGUCAGACUGUAUCUAAAGGUAAGACAGAUUACACAAAGGUGACAGAACCGUGGAUCAAACAAAAGUAUACGAAGGAUGAUUUUUCUGAGUACAAAGACUCGAAAGAUUUAGAGCAAGAAAACACGGAAUUAGAAGAAAACAGAAAGAUAAAAAGCAUAACUACGAAGAAAAUAAAGGACAGAAUAGAACCAUCGGAAGAAAUUGCGACAAUUUACUCAGAUACAGAUAAUACUUCAUUAUAUGAUCCAACAGCAGAUUUAAAAUUAUACGGUGUUGGUCAUAAAUCGAGGAACCGACAAGCGACUAUGGAAGAAGCUGCAGGAUCUAAAAUGCAAUAUUCGGAAGUGAAGCCAACAAUCUCAGAAGGAAAACUUCUGGAAAUUGAUACUGGAAAUAAAAACACAUUUUUCGACAAGCUAAUAAGAAAGACAAAGUUCGAUAAAACCACCGAUCUAUCAGAUAAAAACAAAUCCAUUCAAACAAAAUUGCACAAACAUGAUAGAGGAGAUAAUCAUAUUGAGAAAGAUACAAAUAUCGCAGACGCAAGAAAGUUUGGUGAACUUUCUAGAGAAUUAAAUAAGGAGAGUAGAAGACAGAAAGAAAAGCAUCGUCGAAGGUCAAAACGAAGAAAAGGCAGUGGUUCAGAAAAAUCAACGUUAACCGAUGACGAAGAGAUUUAUCCUGAGCUUAAAUCACGAUCAAAAAAAUCACGUCGAUUUGUUCCCGAAACUACUGAAAAAGAAAGCGAAGCGGAAGAAUUGAAACCACACGAAAAUGAAUACUUUGCUGGUGAAUCUCCAUCGCGAAGUUAUGGACCAGAUAUUUGUAAGAACUGUGCUUCCGAUCAUCCAGAGAUGGCGAAACGAAAAUUUGAAAUGCCUAUGGUAAAAAGAUACUUGCCUAUGUAUCAGAGUCCAGGACUGAUCGAAGAAUUGAAAAGGCAUGAUCGAAUGAGAUUAAUUCAAGAGAGAGAAAUUAGAAGACGGAGAAGUGGAAGUUCUCGUCGAUCUUCAGAUGCGGAAGAUCGAAAGGUCGAUCGUUCUCCUGCACCUGAUUCAUCGUUUAAACCGAAAGAAAAGGAUGGCAGACUUGCUUAUCAAGAGUCGCAAGCUUAUAAAAAUGUCUUACGCGAAUUUCAAACAAGGGCUGGACGUCAAGAAGUUCGUAAGAAACCUAGAAAUAGGAUACCGUUAAUAUGCUUGUCUGAAAAGGCAGACAAAAGCAAAGAAGUGGAGCAACUGUAUCCACGUGAAAGACAGGCCCGACAAAAGCCGAAUGUGAUGAAGAAAUUCGCUCAUAAAAUGGUAGCACCAUUCAAGCCGCCUAAAUAUAAGAAACACAAAUGCAAAACGCACAGAGGAGACGUAAAGUUUGAAGAAAUGGAAAUUAUGUAUGAUUGCUUAUGUGACGCACAAGUUUUAAACGAGGCAUCUUCUACUUGUAGUUGCGUUAAAAAGACGCAUAAAUCUGGUACUUUAACAUCCGCCGAUGAAACAAGUGAUAAUAACGAGUCAAUCCAAUAAAA